AGUACUAAUAAUAAUAAAUAAUUUGAGUUUAUUACAGUAAUGAGUGGUUAAAACACUGAACAUUUAUAUUACUGCACUGUUACAGAGUCUAAUAUCGUCUUGCACACAGAGACACACACAGCGGGACUCAGCAUUAGCAUUAGCAGGGCUGAGUGAGAGUUUUAUUUAUAAUAUAAUGAUAUAAAUGUACCAGCUUUAAUAUGAGCCGCUUUAUCACACGCUGAUCUGAUCUUCUACACACCGGUUAGCGGAUGCUGAGUCCUGGGCGAUGGAUUUAUCUCAGAUGACGCCACUGUCCAUCACUACUGCGCUUAGGGCAUGGUGACUGGCAUCAGGUGGCGUGUAGCGGGGGCAGAGAGGCCCUGAGACGCAACGUCAGGCAGGAGUGGUGGAGAUAAAAGAGGGAGAGAGAGGGUCACCGCCAUGGGCCAGUGUGUAACUAAAUGUAAAAACCCCACGUCCUCACUGGGCAGCAAAAGUGGCGAUAAGGAUGCUGGAAAGUCCCAUGGCAAAAAAGGUAGUGGAGGAGGUGGCGGGAGCAAGGAGGAGUCCAAGUUUCCCGCCGACGUCAAUGGCACCAAGUCUCCAGAGGUCGCAGUGGAAACCUCGUCCACCCCGCCCCCUUCUGAGUCGAGGGGGAAGGAGGAGCAUGAUCAGGAAGGGGAGGGGCUUUCCAUGGCCCGGAUAGACGAGCUGUUUCUGUGUUAUAAGGACGAGCACGAGGACGCGAUUUUGGAGGAGGGCAUGGAGCGCUUCUGUAACGACCUGAACGUGGACCCGGCCGAGUUCAAAGUGCUGGUUCUCGCCUGGAAGUUUCAGGCUGCUACCAUGUGCAAGUUUACCAGGCGAGAGUUCGUUGAGGGCUGUAAGGCGAUCCGGGCCGACUCGGUGCAGGGCAUCUAUCAGCGUUUCUCAGCCAUGCAGGACGACUGUCGGUCGGAGGAGAACUUCAAGGAUCUGUACCGCUUCACCUUCCAGUUCGGGCUGGACUGCGGCGAGGGUCAGCGCUCCCUCCAGCGGCCCAUCGCCAUCGCCCUCUGGAGGCUGGUGUUCACGCUGGACACGCCGCCCGUGUUGGAACGUUGGCUCCACUUCCUGUCGGAGAACCCGUGCGGCAUGCGCGGCAUCUCUCGGGACACCUGGAACAUGUUCCUGAACUUCACUCAAAGCGUCGGGCCUGACCUGAGCAGCUACAGCGAGGACGAGGCCUGGCCCAGCCUCUUCGACGCCUUCGUGGAGUGGGAGAUGGACCGGCGCAGGAGGGAACGGGACGAGGGCCAGGGCGGGAACGAUGACUCCGAGCUCACCACAGACCCCCUGAACACGGCAUGAUGGGAACCCACGAGGGGCCCUGAGAGCACGGCAUGACGGGAAAUCAGGGUCAGAGCUGAGGAGGAGUUGAGGAAACAGCACAGCAAAGCAUGAUGGGAAAUACAGUCUGUGAAUUCUUAGGGUGGAUGUGAUUAGUAUUACCAAGAACCCUUACUUAUCCGUUCUGAUUUGAUGAUGAUUAUCGAUGAUGAUUUUAUAUUUCUUGGCUUUGUCGGGAUGGCCGUCCUUUUACUCCCCUGAGUUAUUUUAUCAAAAGGGCUCCAAAAAAAAAACUAAAUUGUGUUUUUAAGCACUUCUAUUUAACUUAUUGUUUUUAUUUUGUAAUUUUUGCAAUGUUUUUAAAAGUUUCUGUUCUUCAGACGCAACAAACACCAAAACGAAUGCCCUCUGUCACCAUGGAAACAAUGUUACCAAUGCAAACAUUGCAGUCUUUUCCUCAGUACUGUCUAGCUGCAGCCCCUCAGAUUGACGUGAAGCCUUGUUUCGGUGCAUUCACUCACCUCUACGUCCGUAACGAGAGCCCUCGCUUUAUCACUGUGGUGUUUCUGUGGACGAGCGUCUCUGCUGGACGACACAAAGCCUCUGCCUGAGCAAACAUGUGCCCCCACAGGAGAAAAUUCCAACUGGAGCAGUCCUAUGUGACCUAGUCCUAGGUUUUCUUCUCUUGUAAACAAUAAGUUAGACGGUAGCUAGUUCCAAAAUAAACAAACAUUUCUGCUAAUACAGCUUUGUUGGGUGACGAAAGCCCUGCUUGGGCAGAUAGCAGUGCACGGUUGGGGGUUUUGGGCUUGUAAUAAGGUUGCAAAAGCCCCUGUUCAGGGUGAACCAAAGAAGAGUGGUUGGGCAGAUGUAAGCCUGGUCUUAGGUGGAAGAAAACUAACAAAGUUACCCAAAUAAACCACUUUACGAAUGUUGGCACACAAUGUUUGUUGGCAUUUUUUGACAUUUAGCCUGAAAUGAUGUACAAUUGUGGGCAGCUAAGUGUUUAGUGUCUUGCUCAGAGGUCUGACAGUAGCACCUUGGUGGUGAUGUGGCUUGAACCAGUAGCGUUGUGAUCAGUAGUCCUUCAUUAGACCUUAACUGCCACAUGGCCAAAUGUAUGACAUCCUUGUUGGACAUCCUAUUUCAAAAACAAAUGGUAUUGCCGCUCAGGUGGCGCAGCGGUAAAAAAACACACGCUGCAACCGGAACUGGAUCUCGAGUACAUCGUAUCGAAUCCAGCUCUGCCUUACCGACCGAGGCUGAGCGGCUAUAUGAACAACGGUUGGCCUGUUGUUCAGAUGGGCGGGACUAAGGGCGGAUGUGGGUCUCUCUCUGUCAGAACGGUGCGGUUACGACCUCUGCUGGCUGAUUACAGGCGCAAACAUGGAGAUGAGGAAGGCGUGCUCUUAGGGUGUGUCUCUCCGUACACAACGCUAGGUGGCACAACACUCGUCAAUGUGUGGGUGGCAAGAUGCAUACGGCUUGCUGCCCACGUGUCGAAGGGGAGGCAGAGAGGAGGUGUGAUGCAAAUUGGGCAAUUGGAUGUGCUAAAGGGGGAGAAAAUGCUUCUUCUUUUUUUUUUUAAAUGGUAUUAAACUAGAAUGACCUCUAUGUGAUCAUCUCAGCUAUAAUAACAGCUGCUUUUCUGAGAAGGUCUCUUACAUUUCAAAAGAGCAUCUGUAUGGCUGGUCACUGAUGUUGGUUCAAGAGAGCCACAGUUGAUGUUCCAGUUCAUUCCAAAGCCGUACAGUGGGGCUGAGGUCAGGGCUCUGUGCAGACCAAUGAAGCUUCAAACCAAACUUUUCUUUAUGUCAUUAUAGGGACAAAGUCAUGCUGGAACAGGAAAGGUUGCAGGCAUAUAAUUUUCUUUGUUACAUCUGUUAGCAAUUCAUAGGGCUAAAACGCAUCAAAUUAGAAGUGGUGUCGUACUACUUUUGUCCAUAUAGUGUAGGUGUCGUAUAACCAAUCUGUAAUUCUUCAUUCUCUCGUUCCUUCACCCAACCUGAGGCUUCGUCCAGCACAGGGCUCGGGUCUGCGAGGCUGCAGCUAGAUGUGAAUAAAAGAUAAACUAGUUAGCAUUUAUUAAAAGGGAGCGAAGUCUGUAUGAAUGAAUGUGUCUGAUCUUGAAGCCUCACCCACAGCAGUAAUAAUGCUCUAUCUGAUGUCAGGCAGAGAUGGGAUCAGACGGGAUCAGGGUUUAACGGUUAAUCUCAGCACAUGGCCUCUGUUCCGGUUUUUAUCACGAAUGAAAAACAUUUCUCUGUGUAAAGCAGUGCAGGUUUAUUUUCAGGCGCAGCUUCGUCUGCUGUGACUUCUUUGCGGUUUACAAUAUUCCCUGCGCUCUGGUUUCAUUUCUGAUUUCUUUGUCUGGUUUUAUAUGAGAUGCUACAAUUUAUAACAAAUAAAAAAGUGUGAAAUUGGGCAGUGGACCACAAAAA